ACAUUUAUUGUCAACAUUGACGGAACUAACAGAAUGUAAAUAUUUGAAAUUAAGAUGUUAUUUAAUUGAAAAUGAUUACUUCUUCAAUAAUAAAUAAUUAGUAAUAAUGUCUUGGUUAAAUUUUAAUGAUAGUUUGAACUCAUUAAAGGGUCAGAUAAGCAAUUUUGCCAAUAAUGUACUUGCAGAAGACGUAUUAGAAUGUCGCGAUGAAGUAGAUUCAAAGGAAUCUGAAAUAGGGUCCCAAAAUGAGGUACAUGGAAAUGCUUAUAACACUGAAGAUGCCUGGUCCUGGUCUGCCGUUGAGUCAAAAACUGACCAACUUAAAACUGAUGAAACUAUCACCAACUUGAAGAAGAAAAUCGACGAGUUACAAAAUGAAAAUAGGGACCUUCUCACGAGUUUGGACCAACUAGACCAGAACCAUCAGCAGAACACCGAAGAACUAGUGAAAAUGAAGAACAAGUUAAGCGAAGAAUUGGAAAAUGUAACCGAAAAGUAUGAAAUGCUCAAUAUGAAAUAUAACAAAUUGGCUUUGGCAGAAAACGCUUAUAAGAAAAAGAUAACUGAACUGAAGAAUAAAUGUGAUGGGUUCUCCCAACGUAAAAAUUCAGACGAUAUCAAAAACGAUAACAACGAUGUUACACAGAAAUAUAAGAAUUUAGAAAUAGAAAAUCUUCAGUUGAAAGAAAGAAUAGCUACACUUGAAGCAGCAUCAAGCAAAAAUUCAGGAGAAUUAACGAAUUCUGAUGCGAAAUUGACUUCAUUAAUCGAAGAAUUGCAAAUGGAAAAUAAAGCCCUUAAAAUAGCUCUUCAGACAACCAAUGAAUUGAAAGCAACACAAAAUAAUGAAAAACUUAUAAAAGAAUAUGAAAAUGAAAUAGCAAAUCUUCGAAAUGAGUUGAAAGCUCUUGCAACAGUUGAAUCGCCGAAGAAAGAAGACAAUACUGAUUUGGAAAAAGAUAUAAUUGAUCUUCAAACCAAGUUGGAUACUAUUAACACACAAACAGAAAAGGAAAAAUCGAAAUUAGUUGAACAAUUGAAUGAAUAUGAAAUGAGAAUUGCUGGACUCGAGCUUGAAUUGAAUGAAGUGAAGAAAAAUAGAAGUGAUGUGGAAGCGAAAUACUGUGAACUUCAGGAAAUCAAACAAGAACUGGAAAAAACAGAAGUAGUGAGAGGGGAAGAACUAAAGCAACAUUACCACAAAAAAUGUUCAGAUUUAGAAGCAGAAUAUGCAGCUAAAAUUCAAGAAAUAGAAUUACAAAAUAAUAAAAAUACAGAUGUUGAGAAAGAAGUCACUCAGCGGUUAAUCCAUGCUUUAAGUGAAGACUUUAAAGAUUACAUAAACGAUCCAUCAUUAUUACCGAAUGAUUUUAAAUCAUUCACCGAAUUUUUGUCAAACCAAACGAAAUCGAAAAUCGAAGCAUUGGCAACAAAAUCCCAGGAACUGAACCAAAUCAGAAUUGAACUACAAAACGAGAAAGAUGAAGAAAUUGAGAAACUUUCUCGUGAUUCGGAGAGGUUAAAGAAAGAGCUUUCAAACAAAUUGAAAGAUCUCGAAGAUAUGGAAGAAGAAUGCUCACAGUUGAUGAAGAAUAACGAACUUCUGAUCAGUAAAUUGGAUGAGUAUAAAAAAACUGGCUUACAAACUAUUUUCGAAUCAAAUGAGGACAACGUUGCUAUUCUGGAGAAGCAGCUGGAAGUAGCUUCCAGAAGAAAUGAAGAGCUGGAGCAAUUAAUAUCUGAAAAUAAACACUUCACCCGAGAAGAAAAUGACCAUCAAAUAUCUAAGGAAGAUAUCGCACAAAAUCUUGAAAAACUCGAAGAAGAAAAAAAUGUUAUUCUAACUGAGAACGAGGAACUCAAAAAUCAAUUGAAAAUCGCUGAAAGUGAAAGAGACAACUGUAGGUUAUUGAUAGAUAAAAUGAGGCUUGAUUUUGAAACGACAGAAUAUCAAUUUAGCGAAAUGAACAUCAAUUUGGAAACUUUGAGUGAAGAAAUAGAAAAACAUAAGAUGAGAAUUGAUCAUCUAGUCUCCGAAAACGAAAGUCUUAAGUCUUUGAGGCAAUAUGAUUCUAAAAACGAUGAAGAACUGAAAAUGAUGAGAGAGGAAAUUUUUAGCUUGAAGGAAGCUAAUAGGGUGUUACAAAAGGAGAUUGAGGAAACUGAAGAUAAAUGGCAACGUGAAAGCAGAGAUUUAGAGAGGAAUGUUGAAGAAUUGAGGACCAAACUUGAAAAAACAUCAAUUGAAAAGUCUAAUUUGCAGAAAAGUGUUGAUCAAUCUUCAACUAAUCUGGCAUGUUUAGAAGAAGCUAUCGAAACAUAUAAGAGUGAGAACGGAAUAUCAAGAAAUGUUUUCCACGCUUUGUCUGAUAUACUUGGUCUGAAGAAAGAAGAGCUAGAAACUUCUGAGAUCUGUGAGCAUGUAAAAAAUAUGAAGGAUCGUUUAGAAAAUCUACAAGGAGAAAAUAUGAAUUUAAUAUCCGAAUUGGAAUCGUUCAAGACCAAAACCACUGAAAAUGAUAACGAAGAAGCCCAGAAAGAAUUACAAACUUUGAUCGCAUCUAGAAACGAACUCAUCGCAAUAGUACAGACGAAACAUCAAGAAACUCUGACAUACCAUGCAGAAAUUCAACGUCUCUCUGAAAUACUCAAAAAAGAGACAGAGAAAAGUAUGCAGAUGGAAAACGAAAUCUCGACUUUGAAACUGAACACUUGUCCGGCUGCUAGUCUAAAAGCCAAGGAAGAGGAGAUCGAGAAAUUGAACGACCAAAUUGCGUUUUUAAGAGAGAAAUGCGACGUAGUUGCACAGAGUAUGCUUGAGGAGCAACAAAAAUUGGAAACCGAGAAGUUGGCGUCGUCGGAAAAGGAGGCAACACUCGCGAAGAAGCUGGAAAGACUUCAGAGCCAUCUGAUGGAGGUGGAAGAGCAUUACACCCAGGAAUUACUGCAGUCUGAACAGAAUAUUGCACUACUACAAGCAAGACUGAAUGAAGUGGAAAAAAGGGAGAAGGAUUCCAGCAAUGUGUAUACUUCAGUGAGUAUCAGAGCCAAUCAACAGAAUGAAGCAUUGACGCAACAGUUGCAGUCUCUGACGAACCAGAGGGAUGAAUUCCGUAAAAAGUUGCUAGAUCUAGAAGACGAGAACAACGUCAAAUCAGCAGCUCUCACAAAUCUUCAAUUGGUGUUGGAACAGUUUCAAAGAGAUAAAGAUGCCGAUGUGAUGAGAGAAACCGAUCGCAUAAGAAGACAAGUGAAACAUGAGCAAACAAUUCAAGAGGACUUGAGGAAAGAAAUAGCCAAUUUAGAAAAUCAGAUGAAGGAAAGUAAGCAAGGACUUCAGGCAGCUUUGCGUUUGACGGAUCAGUUGGAAAUGUCGAAGGUCCAAAUUACAACCCUCAGAGAAGAAGUUUCAGUCCUCAAUGAAAAACUGCAGAAUAAAGAAGCAGAACUCAAAAUGGUAACUAGCCAGACUGAUGGCAAAGUUGAUAAGUCCCUUAUCAAAAACCUCAUCAUAGGAUUUGUCACAUCAAACAAAAACCUUAAUAAGGACCAGAAACAAAUACUGAAAAUUAUUGCAACAGUUCUUGAUUUCAACGAGCAAGAUCACAACAAGGUUAAUCUCAAUCAAGCUCAGCAGAACACGUGGCUUAAUUCCUUGCUGUCGCCCAUGUCAGAUGACCUUCCACCAAAUGAAUCUUUGUCCCGGGCUUUUGUCAACUUCCUAGAGAACGAAUCCAAGCCGAGGGUCAUCCCUAGUCUUCUUCCUCAAAGCCCUCCCAGUGAAAAUUCUUCUGUGAACAAUAGCACCAGGACCACUCCAACUCCGAUUGUCUUGAACGAGAUUGUUUUACCUACAUUUUCUGAUUUUCCUCAACAUAGAAAUUCUAGUUCAAUUUUGAAGGGCGUGCUGAAAGACAACCCUUGAAUUUUUUGAUUUUAUAAAUUCGUUUAUAUAUUUUGGAAAAUUAUUUCUUGUUAUACCUAUGAAAAAUCAUGAUUCUAUGGAAUUUUGUUAUUAUUAUGUAUGUAUACAUUUUCAUUCCGAAGUUUAUUGUUUCUGUAAUAAAAUUUUUAUCCAAA